CAGCGCAGACAUUGCUGUCACCUGGGGAUGCGCCACACCCACACUUACCUUAUGGCCCGCCAGCUGCAGCCUACAACGGAAUCGGGAUCAAAAGAUGAAUAUUACAGGAGCGCAGCUAUUCCAUUCCCCAGAUCGCCACUAUUUCCUGAGAGACUUGGCGGAGGUGGAAGAAACGCUGAAGCGAAUUCAGAGUCAAAAGGGGGUCCAAGGAAUCAUUAUUGUUAAUUCAGAAGGUAUUCCUGUCAAAAGCACCAUGGAUAACUCCACCACGAUGCAGUAUGCAGGCUUAAUGCACAACUUAAUAAUGAAGGCAAGGGGCACCGUGCGAGAUAUUGAUCCCCAGAAUGACCUCACAUUCUUGCGGAUUCGCUCCAAGAAAAAUGAGAUCAUGGUUGCACCAGAUAAGGACUAUUUCCUGAUUGUCAUUCAGAAUCCAACAGAGUGAAAUCUACAGUUCCCUAAACAAAAUGAUGAACAGUUCCUUAUACUGAAGUGUAUAUUUUUUAUUUAAUGUCCAAAAAAGCCUUUAGUAAUUAAUUGAUUGUGCCACAUUAAUAAUGUCUGAGAUAAAUUAUGUUUUCAAAUGUUAAAUGUAGAUUCAAGGAGUUUCUUCAAAAGACUAAAAUGUAACUAGAUGAAUAUGACUAAAAUGUAACUAGAUGAAGACAAACAAUGAAAUCAGGCUCACUUUAAGUGUCAAAUAUUUCUUUGGAAUUUAACUUUACAGUACUGUUAUCUGAAAUAUUUCUAACUAUAAAUUAGUUUUUCCUUUUGCAUCGUUUUUAUUUUGAAACUUUAAAUUUGAAAGAGGCUAUUUCUUCUGAAAUGGAUUAAAAUAAUUUUAAAAUC